CAAUGGCCAUUUCCAUUUGCUUUGCAAUAUUGUUACUUAUGUCUAGGAUCUCGUAUGCUUAUGAGUGCAAUUAUACUUCCAUCAUCAGCUUUGGCAACUCACUAGCAGACACAGGCAACAUUAAAAAUCUAGUCGCUAUUCAUCACAGCGAGCCACCGCAUUUUUUAUUCCCACCUUAUGGAGAAACUUUCUUUCAUAAACCCACUGGUCGCUGCUCCAAUGGCCGCCUCAUUAUUGACUUCAUAGCUGAAGGUCUUGGAUUGCCAUUGAUACCACCGUAUGUGGGUGACAAGAGCAAUCUUAGAAAGAAAGAAGUACGACAAGGAGUGAACUACGCGGUGGCGGGUGCAACCGCCUUGAGUUCAUCUUUUCAUGAAGCAAGAGGAGUUUCAAAUCCAACUACCAAUGCAAGCUUACAAGUUCAACUCAAAUGGUUUAAACAAUUCAUAUGUCCCACUUCUUCAGGUACUUUAAUAGCCCAUAAUGAUUGUUCUUUACCUGAUUCAAUCUAUACUAAUUUUUCUCCGGUAGAUUGCCAACACUUGCUUCAACAUUCACUAAUUCUUAUGGGUGAGAUUGGUGGCAAUGACUACAAUCAUGAACUAAGAGCGGGUAAACCCAUCAAUGAAGUCAAGUCGUUUGUUCCUCUUGUUAUCAAAACUAUCAUUGCAGCAGUUAACGAAGUAAUUAAACUUGGUGCUAAAACCAUCAUUGUUCCUGGAAACUUUCCCAUCGGAUGCUCAUCAAGCUAUUUGGCGAUGUACAAUAACUCUGAUACCAAGAUGUAUGAUAACAAAACUGGUUGCAUCAUUUGGUUAAACAAAUUUGCAGAGUACCAUAAUCAACUACUCCAAAGGGAAUUAGAGAAAAUCCGAAAGUUUAAUUACCACCAUGUCAAUAUCAUUUAUGCUGAUUACUACAAUGCUGCCAUGCAGCUUUAUCGAUCCCCAAAAGAAUUUGGGUUUUUGAACGGAGCUUUGAAGGCAUGUUGUGGUGCAGGAGGACCAUAUAACUUCAACGAGACAGUUGAAUGUGGUGCUGCAUCAUCCACUACAUGUGCUGAUCCAGAUACAUACGUUAGCUGGGAUGGAGUACAUUUGACAGAGGCUGCAUAUAGAUUGAUUUAUAGGAGUUUAUUUAAAGGUUCAUACACCAUGCCUCGAUUCAACUCCUUGUGUAGAAGCUAAAGGCAUCUCGAUUUAUGCACCGUGAAUGUAGUACUAUAUAAAUUCAUAAACAUAAUAAAGCUAUCAAAUACAUAUGGAGCAAUGCAUAUACAAUAAGCAUGGUGUAUAUAUUAUGAGAUUCGUGUACGGAUUUAUAUUAUGCAUAUUUAAUGAUGGUUUUUGUAACACCACACCCGAAAAUAAUAUGAUGUUGCAUA